GGACGCGGCGUCUAGGCGGGACGGGCGCACGGCGGAGGGCGGGAGACGUAGCGGCCGCUGCCCGGCGGCGGGAGGGAGACAGCGGUGUGGCCGCCGCUGCUGAGAAAGAGCAUGUGUGCAGAGUUUGGAGGCAUAAUAUUUAAGGUACAUGGGAAAUCUGUGGCAAAUACAUCUGAUGAAGGUGUGAUCGGCUACAAGAAUCAGCUGAACUUGAAUAUGGAGACCCUGAAGUGUCAGCAAGCACAGAAAAGGACCUGAUUGGAAGAAUAUCGCUAGACAAAGAAGAAGUGGAACAUAUACUUCUGCUACCAUCGUUGACUCAGAAUAAAUACAUCAGUAAAAACAACAGCAGUGAAAUGACAGAUCCUGGUGCUUUUUGAUUUUCUGGUGGAUUUUGUUACUUAGACAUUGCUAUUGACAUUUUUAUUACCCCAUUCAAUACAUCUUGAAUCUCUCUGUACAUAAAAAUAUAACUGGACAAUUGCAUUUUGAUACUGUUCAAUAACACUUCUGAAUGUUAAAUCGUUUGCCAAGAUGAGUGCCGAAGGAUACCAAUACAGAGCUUUAUAUGACUACAAAAAAGAGCGAGAAGAAGACAUUGACUUGCACUUAGGGGAUAUAUUAACUGUGAAUAAAGGUACCUUACUAGCACUUGGAUUCAGUGAAGGGGAAGAAGCAAAACCUGAGGAAAUUGGCUGGUUAAAUGGCUUUAAUGAAACCACAGGGGAGAGGGGGGAUUUCCCAGGAACUUAUGUAGAGUACAUUGGGAGAAAAAAAAUAUCUCCCCCAACUCCGAAGCCUCGUCCUCCUCGACCCCUUCCAGUAGCACCCAGUCCUGCAAAAGUUGAAGCAGAGAGUGAGCAACAAGCUUUUUCACUUCCAGAUCUCACAGAGCAGUUCGCACCUCCUGAUGUUGCUCCACCGAUUCUUAUGAAGAUAGUGGAGACAAUUGAAAAGAAAGGUCUAGAGUGCUCAAAUUUGUAUGGAAUACAAGGCUCAAGCAGCUCAGCAGAAUUAAGACAAAUUCUUGAAUGUGAUGCCUCUUCAUUAGAUUUAGAAACAUUUGACGUGCACACUUUAUCAGAUGCUCUCAAGAGGUAUCUUCUGGACCUGCCAAAUCCCAUCAUUCCAGCAGCUGUUUACAGUGACAUGAUUUCGGUAGCUCAAGAAGUGCAGAGCUCAGAGGAGUAUGCUCAGUUGCUGAAGAAACUCAUCAGAUCUCCAAAUCUACCUCCCCAGUAUUGGCUCACGCUCCACUAUUUGCUGAAACAUUUCCUCAGAGUUUGUCAAGCCUCCAGCAAAAAUCUCUUGAAUGCAAGGUCUCUGGCUGAAAUUUUCAGCCCUCUGCUUUUCAGAUUCCAGAUAGCAAGCUCUGAUAAUACUGAGCACCACAUAAAAAUUCUAGAAGUUUUAAUCACAAGUGAAUGGAAUGAGAGACAGCCUGUACCAGCACUGCCUCCAAAGCCACCGAAACCUAAUACUGUAACUAACAACGGCAUGAAUAACAACAUGUCAUUACAAGAUGCUGAAUGGUACUGGGGAGAUAUCUCAAGAGAAGAAGUAAAUGAGAAGCUCCGAGACACUGCUGAUGGUACCUUUUUGGUACGAGAUGCUUCAACCAAAAUGCAUGGAGACUACACACUUACGCUAAGGAAAGGAGGAAAUAACAAAUUAAUUAAAAUAUUUCAUCGAGAUGGAAAAUACGGCUUUUCUGACCCGUUAACUUUCAACUCUGUGGUUGAGCUUAUAAACCACUACCGGAAUGAAUCUCUAGCCCAGUAUAAUCCUAAACUGGAUGUAAAAUUACUGUAUCCAGUAUCUAAGUACCAGCAGGAUCAAGUUGUAAAAGAGGAUAGCAUUGAAGCAGUGGGAAAGAAAUUGUAUGAAUAUAAUACCCAAUUCCAGGAAAAAAGCCGAGAAUAUGACAGACUCUAUGAAGACUACACAAGAACAUCUCAGGAAAUUCAAAUGAAAAGAACAGCUAUUGAAGCAUUUAAUGAAACAAUUAAAAUAUUUGAAGAGCAGUGCCAGACACAAGAAAGAUACAGUAAGGAAUACAUUGAAAAAUUUAAACGAGAUGGAAAUGAAAAAGAAAUACAAAGAAUUAUGCACAACUAUGAAAAACUCAAGUCUCGAAUAAGUGAAAUUGUGGACAGCCGGCGUAGGUUAGAAGAGGAUUUGAAGAAGCAAGCAGCUGAAUAUAGAGAGAUAGACAAGCGUAUGAACAGCAUUAAACCGGACCUCAUACAGCUGAGGAAGACAAGAGAUCAGUACUUGAUGUGGCUGACUCAAAAAGGUGUUCGACAAAAGAAACUAAACGAGUGGCUUGGAAAUGAAAAUACAGAAGACCAAUACUCUAUGGUAGAAGAUGAUGAGGAUUUGCCCCAUCAUGAUGAGAGAACUUGGAAUGUUGGCAAUAUCAAUAGAAGUCAAGCUGAAAAUCUGCUGCGGGGAAAGCGAGAUGGAACAUUCCUUGUUCGAGAGAGCAGCAAACAAGGCUGCUACGCCUGCUCUGUUGUGGUGGAUGGAGAAGUAAAGCACUGUGUGAUAAACAAAACACCUACUGGGUAUGGAUUUGCAGAGCCAUAUAACUUGUACAACUCACUCAAAGAACUGGUGCUACAUUAUCAACAUACAUCACUCGUGCAGCACAAUGACUCUCUCAAUGUCACACUAGCCUACCCAGUAUAUGCACAGCAGAGGCGAUGAAGAUCUUAAUACUCUGGGUUGAUUGUUUUUUUUCUAAAUAAAAGAUCUAACAACAUGAGGCCUCUGGAAAGAGAAGGCUCCUUCCAGCCUUACUCAAGAAUAUGAGCUGCAGUAUCAAAGCUGUCUGUCUUCAGAUGGGACUAGAGCUUUCCUUUACAACUGCAGUGGGAGAAAUCACAGUAUUAAGCUGUGAACUUACGUUUCUAAUCUGAAGUGCUUUUUUUUAAUUAAGAAAAGAAAAACACGAGAGAGAAAUCCUAACCUGAUCUCCCUGCAGGGACAUAGAGGCCUUUAACCAUGGUGCUUGUUUACGACCACUUCUGAAGCUUUACCAGCUAGAACUUUGGAUUCUCCAAAUACAAGAUGUAAGAGGUCUUUGUUAGUCAGUUAUUGGAAUUUCAUGGUCACAACCUGGCUUGGAUUUGGUGUUGCUGCACUCAGUGGAUCCAGACACACAGCAUUGUGGAUUUUUUGGUUUCUAGUGAAUGAUAUGUAGCAGAAUGGCACUUUCAUUUCUAAGGGACACUUUAAAAGGACUUCAGUUACAGUAUGUGUUCAGAGUAAUUGUAAUAGUGAAGUGCCAGAAAGUGUUUCGUUUAGAUGUUUAAAAAUCCUGUUUUAAGAAUAUAUUUAAGACUGAAAAAAACAGGACUUUCAAUGGCAUAAAGUAUAUAAUAAUGUACAUAGUAUUGGAUGACUAACUAUCAUUGGUGGAAACUAUCAAUACCAAACUGCUUCUCUUUACCCUUUUCUGUUUGCUGAAAGCCAACUUCUUAGACUGUGCUAUGCAAUACUGAAUUUUCUUUAGAUAGUAGUCUUCUCUCAACCAUAUCUACAAGUUAGACUUGUUUGUCUUUCUCUUUAUCUUGUCUUAUUUUUUCUUUCUUUCUUUUGCUUAAGAAUAUUUUUUCCUGAUUAUUUUUUGUUAUUCAUUUUUUUGUUUGGUUGUUUUGUUGUUUUGUUUUGUUUUGUUUUUUUAAUGUACAGGAAGCCAGCAAGAGUUAGCUUCAGAAUUGAAACUAUGAAAUAUUUUACAAUUUUCUUUGUACAGAAUAUUGAGCUACUAGCUACUGGCUCAAAGUUUUAAUAGUUCUUGUUGUUUUUUUUCUAACUAAAUAUUUUGUUGGGCAGUGCCUGAUAAGCUUCAAAGCUGCUUUAUUCAAUAAAAAAAUUAUAUGAAAGUUACAAAAUAUCACAGAGUCCAACAAUAUUGUUUCAGAGAUAUCUUUAGAAUACGGUACCACACUAUGGUUGCUUUUUGAAGCAUUUUGUCUUUGUAUUUGGAAGACAAAAAGUUGUGUAUCCUUCUCUACAGUCAUUGUAGAAAAAAACAGGAAAUUUGGUUACUGGGGCAGAUAGAUUGGAUUUCAGAAUGAAUCCACUCUGCUUAGUACAUAAAUGACUUCUUGACCUACUGUGGCAGAACUUUUGUCAGCAUGUAAAGAUAUUUCAUUUCAUAUGAAGGACAUUUCUCUAAUCAAUUGCCUAGAGUUGUUUUUUGUAUUAGUAUCCUGGGGAAAAAAACCCACCUUUACUGAGAAUGUUUGGAUACAACAUACAUCUAAUUAAGACUGGAAAUUGUCACUUUUUAAAGUUAUUAGGCAAUCAUAUGUAAAAAUUUUUAUUUAUUUUCCUAAGUUUGUUGUCUGAGGCAGUAUCAAAGUGAACACUUGUAUAAUUUCAGGCACCAGAGACUUACAGAAUUAUGGUUUAGUUGAAUUAAACAAAUACAUGAAUCCCACUAGAGCAAACUUACCAAGAAUUCUGGAGCAAUUGACUGUGGGUGGUUUGCAAUGGUUAUUUAUUGUCCUAACCACUGAGAAAAUUCACACAUUGCAAAUUGAUAAAGUGAUGAACAUAUGAAUGUGUUCUUCUCCUAGGAUGCAAAAGCAAGACCCAUUACUAUUAAAGGGAGUUGAACACACAGUCAAAAGAGUAAAACCCAUGGAGUUCUCUAAUAAUAUCUCUGUUUUAGAGACACAUGGGUUUAAAUUCAAAGAAUGCAGUGCUUAUUAAGCUGUUAGAAAUAAUAAGCAGGAGUUUGCCAGUCUCCAGUAGUUUUUAUAUUAUCUUUUGAUUUUUACAUUAUUCUUUCAUUUCUGAGGCUGUAAGGCUUUUUAUAUUAUUUUGAUUUUGUGCUCUUUUUUUUUUUUUUUUUGAUGGGUUGUCCUUGGUUUCCUGUAGAUGUAUUUUCUUACUUAAAUUUUUAUCAGGAAACAAGAUUCAACCCAUAUUAAUGUUUGGGGAUAGUUACUGCUUACAAAAUCAUUCUGAAUACAAGUUUAGUCUUCAUGCCUUCCCUUCCUCAUUCCACACUUUUUUCAGGCCUGUAGAACCUUGUAAAUUUGGUUUGCUAAUAACUGGUUUUUACUAUGAAAAGCACCAACAAUUACUCUAGCAUGCCAGUUAUACUACUGAGCCUGAAAUUACAAAUUAGUUCAGUAUACAACAAUUUAACACUUGUAGCAAUCCAAGAUAUUCUUUGGACAUAUAUUAAUUUCUGAAUGUUAAAUAUUUUAAGAGUAAAAUUGUAUUUUUUUUCUCUGUAAGCAAGACAUAUGUAAUCUGAAUUGAUGUUUCACAUAGCAUUUGUCAGGAUGUUUUAACAUAGUUAAGGCAGUUGGAUCUAAUUUCCCUCAUAUUAAGAAAACCUCUGCUAUGUCAGUGGGCCAUAUCCUUAGCAUGCCCAGUCCAGUAUGGGUUAUCUUUUGUUCCUGUCAUGCUUUACAACUUCUAUUCAUCUGUGGUUGUAGCAGAGAAAAAAACAAAAACAAACAAACAAACAAAAAAAACCAAAACAAACAAAACAAAACAAAAAAACAAAACAAAACAAAAACAAAACAACAGUGUGUCUGCUAAUUUGGCACUAGCUUUUCUUGCACGAGUGCAAGUAAGCACCAUGUUGUGGGGAUGAGUGCUUAGGGCUUCCUAGGGGGAAGUUCUGCCUAUACAGGGUUUGUGCAAUUUGCAAGGAUCACUUACGCCCUCAAAUUGGCAUGAGUGGGUUUUCUUUGGUACUUAUGUAUUGUGUGGCCUCUGCAUUUCCCUCCCUCCUUUAAUGUACAGAGCUACAUCCUGCCAAAGGCCCUAUUCACUGCAGAGUUGUUCAUCCUUAAUGUACCAUAUUGUUCACUCCAGUUUUGAUUUCACCUCAAACAGGCUAAAGCAGAAAAAAAAAAGCAUGUGGAUAUAAUGAAGAGACACGGUGCUUUUCUGUAUUUCUGUUGGCAUGCAGUUUUUCCAUCUAAUGUGAUUAAAGUGUACGAUUUGUUUUGUAACUUUUUGUUGUUGUUGUUCAGGGAAUUUUUUGUUUUAUGUUAAAACCCUGAGUUAUGCUGUACUGCAGCAGCACUUUCACAAGGCCUUUGAAAGGUAUGAAACAUAACACAGAGAACCAAAGCCCACAAGCCAAAUUAGGAGUUUCUGAUAUCCGUAAGUUGAAAUUUGCAUUUGCAUAUUUGGGGAUGUGUAGUUGUGCAUAGGCGUGCACACUUACUUUGUUUAUAUAUUAUAGAUGCCAGUAUAGGUGCAUUUUCACCAAACAUGAGCAUUUUGCUGAAUAUAGUAAGUGAUAUAAUUAACUUUUUUAAAGACACAAACACAUGCACACUAGAAUUUUGUGGGUGCAGCAUGUUUCCAAAUACAGUUAGAAAACUGAGUUUCUGUGUUGUUGGAUAUAUUCUUUUUCCAAAAAAAAGCUUGUCUGUAUGGUUCAGUUAUCUAAAAAUUUUUGUCAAGCAAUCUGUAAAACCAAAUCUUCAAUUUUUUCUGUUUUGUGUCAGCUGUUCUGUAGUGAAGAAAUGGCUUUGUCUUGUAAUUGGCAAUGAAAUAAUAAUGCUUGGGAAAACAUUCAGAUGCUUCUAAUGGGGAAAACUUCUGCCGAUUUUCACACAGUGCUUUUGCUAUGCAUGGUAUUAAGUUGGGAAAGUGAAUCCUGUUUUUUUUCAGGGUCACUUUAGAAAUGGGCAGCUCAAAGCACAAUGCCUCCCAUGGGACAAGAUUCCAAAAUGCAACAUUUUAUGUAGAAUCACCUUGUAUUUACUGCAGUUGAAGACUAAACUGGACUGUGGGAGUUGGUAACGUUACAUUGCACUUGUCCUAAUGAGACUGCAUUAGCUGCCCAAGAUGCUGCUAUUUUUUUUUUCUUGUUUUUAAAAAUAAAGCUCUGUUCUGUUAAAUGUCUAUAAAACAUUAAGAUUACUUUGUGUUAAAAUGGUCUUUGAGGAGGUGGAGGGUAAAGUGGGUUGUAAAUUGCCUUUACAAGGCAACGAUGAAAACAUGCCUCCUUGAAGUUUCAUUUAAGCUAUAGUUGAUGGAGCUGUGUCUUGUUUUUAAGUUGCUUUAAAAAUUGUAAUAAGUCUUUAAGCAGAAUAAAGGUUGUUUUGAAACUGCC